GUCGAAAAGAGAAUCACUUCCGAUCGUUACUCCACUCAGCACGCGUUCCUGAGCACAGUCCUCCCCUGCCUCAUCAGCUUGCUUUUCCUUAUACACGUACCAACAGCCGUCUUCCGGAAAAGCAAAAGCUUCUUACUCUCACAAACUGCCCACCAAUUUACCCAAACGCCACAGGUUCGGCUUGCCUCUAACGCAAAACGCAGCACCGUCGUCCCGAGAGAUCAUGUCAUCAGCGACGCCCCCGCGGAAACUAUAUCGGAAAUCGCGAGACGGCUGCGGCCAUUGCAAGAGGCGGAAAAUCAAGUGCGACGAAAGCAAGCCAGAAUGCGGAAACUGCCUCAAACGGUCGAUAAAAUGCGACUAUCCGACCAUGGCGCAGAGAGCGCGCUCAGACAACCGCGCUGGUGGUCUGGCGUCUGCCGCGCUUCACAGCCUCCUGGACGCAUGCUCCCCUGCCGAAUACCCUCACACCAUCGCCGAAACUCCUCUUGAAGAAGACGAGCUUGAAUUUAGCCUCAACAUGACCGACUUGCAGCUACUCCACAACUACACUACCUCAACCUGCAUGACGAUCUCCACCGAGCCGGACCUUCAAAACUUUUAUCGAGUCGAAGCUCCGCGAAUCGCGUUCGCUAACGACUUUGUUAUGCGCACAAUCCUUGCCGUCUCCGCACUUCAUUUGGCCCGCUUCAAUCCAACAAAACGAGACUAUUACAUUUCCCUAGCAAUGGGUCAACACAAGAUUGCGCUUAGAGGUCCGACUGCAAUACUUCCCAACAUUACAAAAGAUAACUGCCUUCCUAUUUUUGUCUUUUCAGCUCUAACCAUCGUAUUUGCCUUGGCAACUCCUCGAAAUCCCGACGAUUUUCUGUUCAUUGACAACGGGCACAUUCCCGGAUGGUUACAGCUUCUCCGCGGAACAAAAUCCAUCGCUCUCACCUCGAGAGAAUGGAGCACGGAUUCGCCGGGCUCGGGCUUAGGCUCCAUACUUCGGAAUCGAGACAUGCCCGAAAACAUGUUCCAAGACAUAGACUCGCGCAAUCCACGGUCGCCGGGAGAGCGACAGCUGCUGAGACUACGCCAGCUUAUCGUCGCCGACGAAACGGAGCAGGCGACGCGAGACAUACAUUUGGCUGCGCUUGACAGCUUGUCUACGACGUUUCAGCACUUCUUUAUAAGACCGGCCGCAGACUUGAGCCUGCGGCCCAUUUUUAGCUGGGCCUGCACGGUCUCGGACGAAUACUUGCACCUGCUGGCCAGGCGCGAAACAUAUGCUCUGAUCAUCUUCGCCUACUUCAGCGUCUUGUUGCACAAGCUCGACUGUGUUUGGUGGAUCCAAGGCUGGGGCAAGCAUCUGGUCGGUAGAGUCUAUUACCUGAUAGAGCCGAUGUAUCAACCGUGGAUUCAAUGGCCGCUCGACGAAAUUAAAUGGGUGCCGGCGGAGGAGCAAAGUCCAUAGCGGUCCCCUUUUUGUCUUGAGUAAAUUAUGUCGAAAAUGAAUGGCGGAGCAGUCGGCGAUUGAAAUAUACAGAGAGCAAUUCUUGUCACGUGCUCGAUGGUGACAGGGCGACGGUGAUCGUAGAUGGAUAACGGCGACUGUAGAUGUAUGACGUUUAAGGACUUUUUGGUUCACCGAUCG